UGCAGUCAAUCCCGCAAUCUGCGUGAAAUAGUACUGUCAACAUGGAGUUAAUAAGAAUCCUUGCAUACUUUAUUUUCGGAAGUUUCCUGCUCAUAUACUUGGCAUUGAAGAGAAACAACUCCUAUUUUAGUAAACGUGGCAUAUUGCAUGACAAACCAGAACUAUUUUAUGGCAAUGUCAAGGAGUUUACGUGAUCCAAAACAUUAUAUCAAAUUAUUCGCGAAUAUUAUAUGAAAUAUAAAGGAAGUGGAAGAUUCGUUGGAUUCUAUUUGUAUAUGCGAAAAGCGGUGAUGUUAUUAGAUCUCGAUUUAAUUCAAGACAUAUGCGUUAAGGAUUUUGGAAAUUUCACUGAUCGAGGAUAUUAUUAUAAUAAAAAAGAUGAUCCAAUUUCUGCACAUUUACUUCAGCUAGAUGGCAACCAUUGGAAAACAAUGCGGGGGAAGUUAACUCCAGCUUUUACAUCUGGAAAAAUUAAAUUCAUGCUCACUACAGUAGUCAACAUCGCUGAUGAGUUAGUCAAUGUUUUGGAAGAAACGUUAAGUUCAACAAAUAUGGAUGAUGGGGUUCAUUGUGAUAAUCUUAUGGUACGGUACACAACCGAUGUUAUUGGAAGUGUUGCAUUCGGUUUAAAAUGUAACAGUUUAAAGGAACCAAAUUGCGAAUUUAGAGAAAUUGGUGAAAAACUUUGCUAUUAUAGGUACAGUAUGCCUAUUGUGUCAUUAAUGAAUUUAUUUCCAAAUUUGUUUCGAAAACUAGGAUUUAAAAUUAUUAUUGAAGAAGUUUCUCAAUUCUUUUUUCGAGUUGUUCGUGAAGCUGUGGAUUAUCGAGAUCGAACUGGUGAACAACGGAAAGAUUAUCUUAACAUUCUCAUGGAGUUAAGAAAACUAAAUACAGCAGAUAAUUUAACAAUGGAUGAAAUAACUGCACAAGCAUUUGUAUUCUUUGUAGGAGGUUUUGAAACAAGUGCUAGUGUACUUAGUUUUUGCUUAUAUGAAUUGGCAUUAAAUCAAAACAUACAGGAGAAGGCCAGAAGAGAAAUAAAUGAAAUCAUUGCUCAGCAUGAUGGAAAGCCAACCUAUGAAGCAGUAAAGGAAAUGAAAUAUCUACUUCAAGUUAUGUAUGAAACUAUUCGUAUGUAUUCAGUAGUUCCGGGUCUUGUCCGCAAAACCGCAGAAGACUAUAUUGUAUCUAAUACAAAUUAUGUUAUUGAAAAAGGAACUACUGUGAUUAUACCAUUGGAUGCCAUACACUAUGAUCCAGAUAUAUAUCCAAAUCCUGAACAAUUUGAUCCAGAACGAUUUACAAAGACAGAAGUCGAAAAUCGUCAUCCAAUGGCGUGGUUGGGGUUUGGCAGAGGACCUCGAGCAUGCAUUGGUUCCAGAUUUGCUGAAUUUCAGGUCCUGAUUGGAUUAUCUUCAUUACUUAAAAAUUUUCGAUUUUCUCCCACAAAAAGGACACAGAUACCAAUACAAUUUAUAAAGAAUAAAAUAUUUCGUGGCGCUGAAAAGGGAGUUUAUUUAAAAGUGGAGAAAUUAUGAAUAAUAUUUUAAAUAUCGAUAACAUUUCUUUUUAAAAGUU